UCGAAGCGCAACCACAACGUUAAAACCGAGACGUCGGACGGUGGACAGAGCAGUCUGUCUUAUUAAACAUAAAUAUGUCUAUAUUUACGCCAACAAAUCAAAUACGGCUGACAAAUGUGGCCGUGGUGCGGAUGAAAAGAGGAGGGAAGCGGUUUGAAAUCGCCUGCUACAAGAAUAAAGUAAUGAGCUGGAGAUCAGGAGCAGAGAAAGACCUGGAUGAGGUUUUACAGACACAUUCGGUUUUCGUCAAUGUGUCCAAAGGACAGGUGGCUAAGAAGGAUGACUUGACCAAAGCCUUUGGCACAGAUGAUCUGACAGAAAUCUGUAAACAGAUUCUGGCCAAAGGAGAGCUCCAGGUGUCAGACAGGGAGAGGCAGACUCAGCUGGAGACGAUGUUCAGAGACAUUGCGACUAUUGUGGCAGAGAAGUGUGUCAACCCUGAGACCAAGAGGCCGUAUACAGUCAGUCUGAUUGAGCGGGCGAUGAAGGACAUCCACUACUCUGUCAAGACAAGCAAGAGCACCAAACAGCAGGCUCUAGAAGUGAUCCGGCAGCUGAAGGAGACCAUGGAGAUCCAGAGAGCCCACAUGAGGCUGCGAUUGGUGCUGCCAGCCAAGGAGGCCAAGAGGCUGAAGGAGAAGCUGAAACCGCUCCUGCAGGUUGUGGAGAGCGAAGACUUUGAUGAGGAGAUGGAAAUGGUGUGUCUGGUGGAUCCCGGCUGCUUCAGGGAGAUCGAUGAGCUGAUCCGCUGUGAGACUAAAGGCAGAGGUUCUCUGGAGGUUCUCAGUCUGAAGGAUGUGGAGGAGGGAGAUGAGAAAUUUUAGUGAACUGACCAGUCAGGACUCUGCACCUUAUCCACACUAACAUGCUUCACUGCGGCACACUUAAAACUCAUUUAAGAGACAAUAUUUAUGAAGAGAUUCAUACUAAUUUCAGCCAUCCCUGUUUCCCUGCCUCUCUAUGUUUAAAGGAUUUAUUUGACAGUUAUUAUUUGCCAGAUUUGCGUGCUGGGUGGAAUGUAUUUUGAAAAUGCAUUUGUGCAUUUACACCUAAACUUGCAACUCAGUUAAUAGUUCUGGGCUGCAUUCACUGAAUUAUUCAGUUUUAUUUUGGUAUUUCUGGACCAUUAACAGAACUUCUGGACAAAGUCUGAAAGUCUUUUCUGCCUUCCAUCAGACUUUCUGUGCCAUGUAGUCAAUGCUCAAUUUCCUGUUUUUAAGAAUCAUUUCUUUAUCCUAAUGAUGUAUAUUUUGUCAUAAUGAAUGAGUUUGCUCUGUAGAAAUAAAUAUUUAA